UUGCAUAAACAUAACUUUUCAGGACAAGCUUAACCGGUAGCUUCGUUUUUACUGCAACGUUAAGCCUUUACGUUAAUUUAUUUGUUUAUAUGUGAGGACGGCGCACAAUAAAGUAUAAAGUAUGAAACCACCAUGGCAAUCCCAACACCAUGUAGCUACAAGUGGAAAUAAUCCACACCACCCAACAUCAAGGAUUGAAACAAGUCAGGCGCCCACAUCAUCUGUAUCUGAUCCAUCUCUCGUUCUCUCUCAACUUUUUGCUCAUCAACAGAAUGCUCUGCAUUCCUCCUACCUAUCAAUGUACACCAAACCAGAUCAGAAAUUGCCCUAUGAUCCUCGGAUGCAGCUCCCAGUGAUGUCCGCAUCACUUCCUCGUUCCCAGAUGCUCGGAGUACCCACUCCUCAUCAACCACUUCCCUCCACUAAUCCUUAUCAACAAAGAAGAAGUGCACCUCUUCGUGUUUCACUCCUCAGAGAUAUCGAUAUAGCAGGAGAAAGGGAUAAAGAUACACCAGCUUCUUCAGGUGCUUCAUAUGCAUACAGUGGUUCAGCCUUACACCCUUCUCAAAUAGCAAGUAGUUCGCGCCAUACACAAGAGAGACCAAUUACAAUGUUAGGCAACAUGCAGCACAAUUAUCAACAACAACAGCAAGCUUGUGCUGUUCUUUCUAAGCAACAGGACAUACCUUCAUUUAAUCACCCAAGUUUUGGUGCCCAGCAACAUCCUGCUUAUUCAGGCUUGCCCAUAACAAAAGAAAUAAAACAGGAGGCAAUAGUUGUGAAACUAGAAGAACAAGAUAAAGGAAUGUAUCACCCACCAAGUGAUAACACAUCUGAUCAUACAGCUUCACAAACACCUAGUGUGCAACGGCAUGCAGGUGUACCUACCCAACCUAAACAAGAUAUAACAAACCCAGCAAGUGUAAGUUAUGAACAAAAGUCAAAGGAAGAUUUGGUUCAAGCUAUGGAUAAAGUGGACCGAGAAAUCGCAAAAGUUGAGAGCGAGAUUAAUCGCAUCCAGAAGAAGAAGACACAGCUGGAGGAGUCCGCUAAGAUGCCUCCUGAGCCUGAGAAGAGCGCAUCGUCACCACAGAGAGUGGAACCAAAGCACCGAGAUCUUUGGCAAGUUAUUUAUGCGGAAAAUAGGAAAAAAGCUGAAGCAGCACGUGUAGUGUUGGAUGGGUUGUGUCCGAGGUACGACAUGCCAUUAUAUAACCAGCCUUGUGAUACUAAAGUUUAUCAACAAAAUCUGAAAAAAAAUGAAGAAAUGAGACCUAAACUGCUCAAGUUCUUCAAGCACCGUAGUAAGUUACAGAACAUUCGUGAACGAUAUAUUUGUGCAAGGUAUGACCAACUCAUGCAACAGUGGAAUAACAAAGCGGAAAGAAUUGAAAACAAUGUUAAAAAGAAGGCAAAAGAUGCGAAGACACGAGAGUAUUUUGAAAAACUUUUCCCGGAGAUCCGGAAGCAAAGGGAGCAACAGGAGAGAGUAGAUCGUGUUGGAACGAGAGGAGACUCUUGCAGAAGUGAUGCAGAUUUCGCUCAGAUCGUGGAUGGCUUGUCAGAACAAGAAAACCAACUGAACCACAUGAGGCAAUUGGCAGUAGUACCUCCCAUGUUGUUGGAUAGAGAUGAGCAGAGAGUCAGGUUCAUAAGCACCAAUGGAUUUAUAAGGGAACCUUUCAAAGAUUUCAAGGAGAGUCAGCAGCUCGACUCGUGGGCUGAACAAGAGAAGAUAAUAUUCAAAGAAAAAUUUGUUUUACAUCCAAAGAACUUCAAUCUUAUUGCUUCCUUUAUUGAAAAAAAGAGUGUGGCAGACUGCAUUCUUUAUUAUUACCUUACAAAGAAAACGAACAACUACAAAGCUCUGGUUCGAAAACAAAGCAUGAAACCUAAGAAACCAAAAUCGGGUCGUUCUCAUGCAUCAAGCAAUAAUGAUCAAACUGGUACUGGAAAAGAUUCAUCCGAAAAAACCGACGAGACAAAAAAAGAAGAGGAAAUUACUGAAAUAAAAGUGGACCGACCCCCCUCACCAAGAAUGACAAGGGCACGAAAACAGACAAUGAAUUGGACGGAGGAAGAAAUAUCUUUGGUUAAGGAAGGGUUUGGAAAGCAUGGGAAAGAUUUCUGUUCCAUCUCACGCAUGGUUACCAAUAAGUCAGAACAACAAGUCAAGAAUUUUUACCACAAUUACAAGAAGAAACAUGGCUUGGAUCAACUUAUAACUGAGAGCAGGAAAAAGAAGACGAACGAAUCUCGACGAACUCGUUACCACGCCCCGUCUCCUGACACUUUAACAACACCAAGUCCGGAUGUCACUUCAUCAACCGAUGCAAAACCAAAACAAGAGAAACCAGAAGAAGAGAAACCAUUCAUUGAAGAAGAGAAAAAGUUGGCUGAUAGCCCACCUAGCACAACAGCUUCCACAACUAAAACAGUGACCAAACCAGAGACAACUGAAGCGGCAACACUGUCCACUUCUCACAUACGUACACGGCGCAUCACUGCUGCUUUGGCUGCUGCUGCAACACCAGAAGAAAGUCAAAGUGCAAAGAGAGCUGUGAGUGGUGACUCUCCAGUGUCAACUAGUGGUGAACCUGCAGAGAAAAAACAAAAGAAAAAUGAGCGAAAAUUGAAAAGCCACAAAAAUGAAAAGGAAGCGAAAACAGAAACCGGAAAAGAACAGACAAAACCUCGUGUGGAACAAACUGUUGAUCAAACAAAGAAAUUGGAAUCUGGAGAUGGAAAAACUACUGACUCCGUUGAUAAGUCCACUCCAGUUGAAGGUGCUGCUCCUCCUGCUUCUAAAAGUAAGCCUGUAAAUCCUAAAUCCGAGAAAUUGGAGAUAAAGAAAAAGGACGUAGAGGGGAAAAAAGCCGAACCUGAUUGUGACAGUAGCGCUACUUGCAGCGCUGAUGAAGAUAACUCAGAAAUACCUUCUACUGCUACAACCAGUGUCCCAACAUCCGUGAAAUAUUCCUCCUCUCCAUAUGCGUUUGAUGAUGAUGUGAAUGACUCUCCCACCCACAUCCGACUUGAAGCAGCUCGUCACUCCCUCUCCGCAUCCAGUGCUUCUAUAAAUCCUCCCAACAUUAUCCAAUCAUCUUCUGCUGCUGCUGCUCAUACUGUUGAUUCAGGUGUGUUGAACUUAGCAAACAAAAGAUCUCGUGCUCCUCCUGUUUCUUCCACCAUCGAUCCUCGUCCCCAGUCCCUUCCCCCCGCAUCCAUGAUCCCAUCAUCUUACUUGCCUCACCUCAUCUCAUCCGAAUCUUUGAAGAAGACGAUGCUGAUUCCAGAGCUUAACAGUUCACGACCAAGCUCCACUCCUGGUUUCACACUCGCACAUGACCGAACGAUGCCUACUGCGCAACCAAAAGUUACAGAAAGACCUGCUGCUGUUUCUGCCAAAACUGCCCCUUCAUAUUUAAGCACUGGUCAGCAUAUAGAGAGCAUACAUAACUUGAAAUAUGUUGGCAAGCAAUCAUCAAGCACCCCCCCACGUCCCGCAUCGAGACCCCUCUCAUCUACAUCAGGGAUUGAAGAGAAAAGAAAACCAUCCUCCGUCACUCAUCCGGGAGUUGCGCAACCCUACCACAUUGUACCAUCAUCUGCAACUUCUUUGGACAAAGAUUUUACCCCAGCAGUUGUCCCAUCACCAAUGACAGUACCCAUGCCUGGUUUCUAUCACUACACUGACAGGGACCUCCAAUCCAUGAAAGAUCGCUCGGCAGAUAUUCCGGACCCAAUACCUGUUUCUUCAUUAAGAUUUAACUCCAAAACAAGCCAACCCUACAUACCCCCCGCCAGCACUGCUGUGAUACAGCUGCUUGCCACAAAGCCAAGUGACAUCAAAUCCAACCAAGAAGUUGCCAAACAAAUGGGCAUGGUUACCUCCCACCAACCCACCCACCAACCACCUCUACCAACCACAAGCAUUUCCUCGGCUUCCCCGAGUCGUGCUUCAGUGGCUUCUACGGUUUAUCGACCGCACAUACCGCAUGAGCGACCAACAGGGAUCUCUAUGUCUCCGUAUAAACCAUCCUCUCCUGAUCGCCCCUCAUCCAGUCAUCUUGGUUCGAUAACUCAAGGAAAACCAGUCUUCCGUGCUCCUACAUCCCAACCGUAUCCGGAGGAGCCAAAUCGAACCUUAGAUCUCAACAAACCAUCUCAGAGCAUUCCCCUCAACAUCAAUCGUCGAACAUCCUCCGAAGUGGGGUCCCCUCCUAUAAAGAGGAGCACAAUCCCACCUUCUCCUUGGGAGUUCAUCCCCACAUCCCUCGGAGCGUCAGUGUAUGGUGGAUUCCCGUUUCCACCAUCAGCCAUCUCUUCCAAACCUCUCACAUCGAGCAAAGUGAUGCCAGGCGACAAAAAUGUCUUCCAGCCAGGAGUUCUUAGACCAGAACAUUACGCGAUGUUUGAAGGAGUUGCCCCAAACUACCCACUUGGUUUGGGGAUAGGUUCCAUAGUGAACGGCACGCCGAUCAAACGCAAGCCAAGCGACGAUGCAUCGGUAUCGCCACGAAAUGUUGUAACCCCUCCCCAACCGAAAGUGGCUGAAAGAAAAGUUUCACAAAUUUAUCAGCAGAAAUCCGAAACGCCGCCCCAUGUUGCCCCACAUACAGUACAACCUGCAUAUAGUAAAGAUGAAAUGAGAAAACCACCAUCAUCAGGAUUAAGAGAAACACCGGAUCGGAAAUCUUACACGGUGGCUGUAUCUCCAAAUAUGACAUCCCAUCACCGUUCACAAACCAUUCAACAGAAGCCUCCAUCCUUUCCCACAGUAACACACGCCUUCACUGAUCAUUUCCCACACACGGUAGCACCAGAUCCUCGUUUGUUAUCUGCUUCUCUCCCACACUUACCAUCUUACAACUUUGCACCAGGAUUACCUAGGAAAGAAAUAAACUCAGUAAUGCAGGAAUAUCUUCGUAACUUUCGUAACAAUCCACUCAACCCACUCACAGCUGCCUUCCCCCUACUGAGACCAUUCACUCCACCAAGUUUGACCGAAAGUUUUGAAAAUUCACGACACAACGUGUUGGCCCAAGAUUUCCACACAGCACAACUAAUGCAGCAACAACAUGAAGCUGCUCGUCGGUCGCCAUUUUCAUCCAUCACAGUGCCCUCCAGUGUCCCGUUACCCACCCACCCUGUUUUGGUUUCCGGACAAAAUUUUAACGCACUUGCCCAACCACGUCAUGUUGGUUCUCCAAAUCCUCUUCAGUUUCUUCCCCAACACCCGAUCCAUCCUCUCGCAUCUCAAUCUUCCCCCGCAAAUCUCUCACAUGCUUCAUCCACCAAAAGUCCGACCUCACCCCUCCGUAACCCACCACAGAUGAAGCUACGUUAUCAGAUCCCUUCACCCCUACCCCCAUUUUACGACCCCCACCCACAAUCCCCUAAAAGCAGGGGUGAAGAGAGCAGGAGUAUAUCUUCGGACUCACGUCACCCACACGAACCCCGAAACCUUUCUCCAGCCCAUUACCCCACACCCAAAGAAAUACCUCCCCGGGGCUAUGAACCCUCCGACCAAGUGUCAAAACCUGUGGCCCCACGUGGGUCAUCCAGUCCCCACCAAUUCCACCACCCACUUUCCAAACCCAUCAAAAUGGAGCAAAUGCCAGAUUCAGAAUUCCAAUCUCAAAGUCACCCAUCUAACUUACAAAGAACAGGGAAUCCUACCUACGGUCAUACACAAAAGAAACCACCAACAACAACUGAAUCACAAUUACAUGGCUAUGAUCUUACUCAGAGAAGGUCAUCUGAACCUCGUGAAUCCCGAAGUAUUGAAGUUGAAAAACACCCCGAUCUCCGUGGUUGUCCGGAUCCGUAUGUGCUUGCACUACAAGAGCAGGAGAAAAUGGCAAAAGAAUUAAAGGUCAAAGGUCGUGCCACGAUGACCCCUGAGUACCUUAUUAAUGCAAUCAUCGAUCAAAGCAUCAAAAAGUUUGGAGAAUCUGCAGAAAAAAUGACUAAAGAAAGUACAUCAUCAUCUAUAACUGCUACAACUUCUCAAGUCAAUCCGAAAUCUGAAGCAGAUGCUGCACAUAGGGCAAUGUAUGAGGCAAGAUCGGUAAUGAAGACUGAGCGAUCAUCAACACCGCGACAUCCAUCGUAUGACCAUCAAUCUCCUGAUGCUACACCCAGUCACCAACCCACUGCAACGCAUCCCAAACCAUGGCAAGGAUCAAAAUGUAUGGAGAAGGUUGACCACGAAGAUGGUGUGAGUUAUUUACCCACUAACCGGGGUGGAAGGGAGGAAAGGAACAGCCCAAGUGUGACGAAAACUCUCCAUGAGCAUUCACAGGAUGUUAUAUCAGAUAUAUACAGGAAAUCUGAAGCACAGCCAAGUAGCGAGCGCUUAGGGAGUGCAGGCCAUUCUCAUAAACCAGAAUUUUUGCAAACUCAAGCUCCUGGUUUUAUGUCCAAACCUGUUCCUACAAAUGAAGCGACAAAACGGAAACAAAAAACUCCCAUAUCAGGUUUUGGAGGUAUUCAACAGCCAGGUACAAGGAUGGGGAACGUACAGUUACAACAUCCAUUCGUACCUUCUGUGUUUGCAAGCAAUCCACAAAACCCAGAUAUAUCAUUUGAACUGCUCAUCAGAAAAGCUUUAAUUGAGCAUGGCCAGUCUUCCUCGCAAACUCCUCCCCCACCUCAUAUGUCAAUACCUAGUUCUCCUGCUGCACAAAGAACUGGUCUAGAUUCACCAACUGUUCAAGUUCCAUCUUCACAAAAUCCAGCAAAGCCAACUGAUCAUGUUUCGCCUCUCCCAACUGAAAUGAUUUCCUCACCCAUGUUUAUAAGUGCAUUGUCAGUUCGUGCCGGCCAGAACAGCACAGUCCCCCAGGUACCACAACAGCCAUCAAAUAUGAGUGGAAGAGGAUCUAACAUAACUGGAACUUCUGGACACACUGCUGCUACCCCAGUUCGAACAGGCAACUCUUCCGCUUACCAAUCUCCAGUUGAACGUGUUCCACCCCUGGUUACCCAAUAUGAACCUCUUAGUGAUAGUGACUAAGUUUAAUUCUAUUACCUAUGUUAUCCCUUAUUAUCGUGUUAUGUACAGUCGUUGUAACUCUGCAUGUCAAUUGCACAAAAAUAAAAAUGUACAUAGAAAUACCCAAGAAAAAUAUAUACACACCUGUUGCAACCCGAUGCCUAAAAACUAAUGUAAUGCCACAUUGGAAAAUUCAGUACAUUAUUUGAUAAUUUGGCAAAGGCAAAAUUCGUAAUGAGUUGUAUUUCAGAACCUUUUGCGCGCCGUUAUAUCGUAUUGUGUUUUUGUAUAUUGUAUAUGGUCGUAUUCAGCAAAAAAGCAAUAUGAUACCAUGAAA